CUGAGGGCUGAGGGCUGCUCUGCACUGCACAAACGGUGCCGCUCGUCCAGCCCAGGGGGUGGAUGAGUGUGAAAUUACAGAUCCUGCUUUGCCAAAGCCAGUGCCACUUGGAUGGUUUUGAGCUGCGAUCCUCCAGGAGCCCUUCCCCUUAGCAUCGCUGUUUGCUUCCAGCCCUUUUUGGAAACUUUUUCUGCCUUUCAACCUUAAUAAGUCUAUGUUUCUGUAGUAAGAGUCCCUCUGGUGUUUGCAGCAGUGGCCGAGACGCUUGUCCUGUACUACCUUGGCCAUGGCUUAGGUGUCUCAGCAAAUGAAAUUACCCACAGUGGGCAUUCCUGUAGGGCUUUAAUUUGGAAGUUUACUUACUUUAUCAUUGUACCAGUGAGUCCAAACUGCUGAAACAAUUUCUGCAGUGGAACUGCUCCAUGGCACUGGGGAUAUCCCUGUUGGGGGUGUCCCUGCCAAGGGGCUGCUCCCAGCACAGCUCUUUCCCCCCAGCCCUGCCCAGAUUGAGAGCUGUGCCUCUGGUCAGGGCUGUGAUCCCUGGCGUGACCGGUCUGACCAGGGUGGGGCUGUCAGCAGUGCUUGGGAAUUUCUGCUUUAAAACAAAACCCCUCUGUUACCUCUGUGAAGUCGAGUCUGGCCUAGGAGGUUCAUUGAAAGAGUUCUGUCCCUGGUUGGAGUCCUUCAAAGCAUUAACAUCUUUCUCUGCUAUUCCCGAGUCCCCAUAGCAGACACUGGAUGAUGGACACAUCCUGCUGCCAGAGGAAUUCCCUGUAUCCUGCUUAACAGGAGCUUCACAGUUUGAGGCACAAAGCUGGGAGAGACCAGAAACUCAAGGGCUGCCCUGGAGCCUGGCUGAUUUCAUGCGAUGGCAGCCAUCAGGAAGAAGCUGGUGAUUGUGGGAGAUGGUGCCUGCGGAAAGACGUGUCUGCUGAUCGUGUUCAGCAAAGACCAGUUCCCCGAGGUCUACGUGCCAACUGUGUUUGAGAACUACAUUGCUGACAUAGAGGUGGAUGGGAAGCAGGUUGAGCUGGCCCUGUGGGACACGGCAGGACAGGAGGACUAUGACAGGCUGCGGCCCCUCUCGUACCCGGACACAGAUGUAAUCCUCAUGUGCUUUUCCAUCGACAGCCCGGAUAGCCUCGAGAACAUCCCUGAGAAGUGGACACCAGAGGUGAAGCACUUCUGCCCCAACGUGCCCAUCAUCCUGGUGGGGAACAAGAAGGACCUGCGGAACGAUGAGCACACGCGGCGGGAGCUGGCCAAGAUGAAGCAGGAGCCAGUGAAGCCAGAGGAGGGGAGGGACAUGGCCAACAGGAUCAACGCCUUUGGCUACCUGGAGUGCUCAGCCAAGACGAAGGAGGGGGUGCGGGAGGUGUUCGAGAUGGCCACCCGUGCUGGCCUGCAGGUCCGCAAGAACAAGAAGCGCAGAGGCUGCCCGCUGCUGUGAGCAGCCCCGCUGCACCGCCUGCCCGGGGAGGGACUGCUGGCAGGCAGCCCAAGCAGCACCUCUGCUGCCACUGCCUGCCCCGAGCCUUUGCACCAGAGCUGCCACCCACGCUCACACGGUGUCCCUGCGGCAUUCCAGGGCCACGAGGGGCCAGUGCCUUCAGUGCCUGCUGCUCUCCACGGGCGGGGUGCUGCUGUUGCUCCCCGUGUCACCCCGUUUUGUACUGAGCUCCCUGGUUUUGCCUUUCCCAUGGGCAUUGCUGCAGUGCUCACUCUCUUUCCCCAGCUCUGGGCAGGUGCCACAGAAGCAGGAGGUGCCAGUCACAGCUGACAUGUGGGGUGUGCCAGGCCCUCGGUGUGUUGUGCCUGCUCUCCGUGGCCGUGGAGCAGCACACAGCAGCGUUCCAGACUGGCCCGGGCAGUUCUGGCCCUGUCUGGGCAGAGCUGGGCUCAGCCGUGCCAGCACCUCCCCUCUGGGACGCGCGCCCGGCUCUGCUGGUAUCGCCGCCUUCCAGUCUGCCUCGGUCACGGACUUGGCAGCAGUAAACCCAACUGCAUUAAUCGGGAGAAUAAAUGCAAACUGGUAUUUUAGUAAUUGUAA